UAUUUUAUUCGGCGCUAUGCUCUACCACGGGGCGAGCCUUUCGACUCAGUUUUAACGCGCACGUUUUAUGAAACGACAACUAUGCGUCGAUGUUCGUUCGCUGCCGAUAAUUAUUCAUAUCGGUAUCGCUUUUAGCCACAAAAAUAGUAACGCGGUAAACAAAUUCGCGAUUUUAUUGCCGGCUCCGACAAUAAUCGUUUUUAUAAAUAUUUUUUUUGCCUCACUCGCAUGUCGCUCGCCGGUGACUCUGCGAAUCUUAAUAGCAGUUAAUCAUAGUUUAUUUUUACCGCGCAACGUGUGCUAAUAAUUGUGUUGGGGCCUCGCCGUGUUUCUUUUAUUUUGUUUUAGUAGUUAGUCGAAUCGCGCAUCGUGUUCCGCGGAAGUUCGUUUAAAAAUGUAAGGUGAAUUAGCAUGGGAUUUGGUUUGUUUACAAGGAUCCAAUUAAAAAGAUAACGGCUGUAAUCGUCGAUCAUAAACGUGUUAUAAAUAGAUUUGACAGUUCGCGAGUUUCGAAAAGUUUCAAAAAUCGAACCGAGAUUUGGCGGGAACACUUGCGGGAGGUGCUAACCAAGGAGUUUAGAUUGGACCGAAAGUUUUGAAAAGUGUUGAGCACACAUCAGAUGCGGCGAGUGUUUUUUCAACGCGUUUUCGAGGCUAAGCGCUAGUUGUUUGAACAAGUGUGUUUUCUAAUGGAUUUAUUUUGAGAUUGUAUUCAAAACAUCAGAAGGCGCAGCGCUUCAGUCAUUUCACGGGCUUAGGCGAGGGGUACCGCAAGGCGCUGGUCUUGGGCACAUAUUAUUUAUAAUAUUUAUUGACAGUUUAAGUGAAGUGAGAUAAGAGCUGAUAUAAUCUGUGAUUCCUGGAUGUGUCUCCAACGGGACGACGAUGAUGGUAACUACAUAGAUGUAGCGAGACCAAUGGUGCAAUUACCAGUCCUGGGUCCGGAGCCGGUACUGAACUCAAGCACGGGUGGGACAGCCAAACCGCCGCCACUCAACUCAUUCGAGCUGGACCGCUGCUUAGACAGGGAGGAGACCGGCAGGUGGGGAGGUGACGGACGGCGUCGCAGGCGCAGCUCGCCGCCGCGACGCUCCCCGCCACCCAACAAUGAGCCGCUCUCACUCGCACGUGCAUCAGCCCCACCCUCCCCAGCUGGAGGUUCGGCACAGUCCAGUCCAGCUCCAGUUUCCCCAGCUGGGAGCAGCAGCGCGCCUCCACGUUCUCCUCUCCCACUAGUGGCACCAGAUCUACUUGCAAUGCAGCUGUUAGACCAGCAUUCGCAGCUGCAGGCGUUGAUGAAGCAACGGCUGUUUCACCAGCACCAUAUGCAGAAGCAGCACAUGUCGUCCGAAGCUGCGAAACGGCAACUAGAGCAGUCUCGACUGCAGGACCAGAUCAAUCUGAAUUUGCUCUCACAAUCGCAUUUGCAGCCACCGGACAGUUCUCCAGGCUCUCUACAACAGCAACUUGGUGCUCAACAGCAGCAGCUAGUGCAGCAGCUACAGGCGGUGCAGCGGCAGUAUCUCAUGCACGCGCCUCUUUCUGUUCCACCUAAUGCUCCUCCAGGAUUAAUGCUCUGGGGUAGUGAAAUAGAGGAACAUCCGCUAUUCGGGCGUGGUGUCUGUAAAUGGCCUGGCUGUGAUGCUCUGGCUGAAGACUUUCAGGCCUUCCUCAAGCACCUGGAGGGCGCGCACACGCUGGACGACCGCUCGGCGGCGCAGGCGCGCGUGCAGAUGCAGGUGGUGGCGCAGCUCGAGCUGCAGCUGCGGCGCGAGCGCGACCGCCUCGCCGCCAUGAUGCGCCACCUGCACGCCGCGCGGGACUCGCACCACGCCAAGCUGCCGCACGGUCCAGCCAGCGAAGGCGCUUCUCCCGGUCCGGUCAGACGUCGCGUGUCCGACAAAUCCGGAGUCGCUAUAGCUGGAGAGAUUCAACGCAAUCGCGAAUUCUACAAGACAGCUGACGUUCGGCCGCCGUUUACAUACGCAUCUUUAAUUCGACAGGCCAUUAUAGAAUCUCCCGACAAGCAGCUGACUCUGAACGAGAUCUACAACUGGUUCCAGUCGACAUUCUGCUACUUCAGACGCAACGCCGCCACUUGGAAGAACGCGAUCCGGACGAACCUGUCUCUGCACAAAUGUUUCGUGCGCUACGAGGAUGACUUCGGCUCAUUCUGGAUGGUGGAUGACGCGGAGUUCGUGAAGAGACGGCACCUGAGCCGCGGCCGGCCCAGGAAGUAUGAGCCCUCGCCGGGACCCAACGCCGCUCCCCCACAGUUCAUGGGAGCUCAAAGUCCACCGAUGAUGACGAGCCCUCACAGUUACAAUGAAGCUCUUAAGCGAAAUCUUCAGGGCAUGAUGGAAGAUUGCAACCUGUCGUACAUGUCCGGAGAUGACCAUAUGAUGCAAAGCGAAGAGUAUCCGUCUUCACAUGAUGAUUACAGUCGGCCACCGAUUAUGAACGGAUACGGCAACAGCAGUUCGUCUCACGACGUGAAAGCGGAGGACCUAAGCGCCAACGAGGCUCAGGAUAUCAAACCAAACUUGUAUGCUCUCAAGAAUGAGAUGCAGGCCUCUGAUUAUUCUAACAAAGGAGAUUACCAGAAUUCCAACAAAGAAUCGUCGAGCAAUCGCUCCAGCGAGACUAGUCCUUACGACGACUACCCGCGCUCUGAGGACCGAUACCGGCCCUCCAUGUCGCACAUCAAGGACGAAGCCGAGAACCUCUCCCUGAACGAACAAAGAUCUGACAAAUAAAU